AUGUCUGGUACGUCGCUGGCAAUCCCCCCUCACCUGCUCACAGUCUACAGGGGCCUCGCUCUCCUUUCCAAGGACAGGAUACAAAGACUACGUGCGAUCGCAGAGCACAUCGCAUCUGCGAGCUAUGACAUCGUAUGCCUCCAAGAGAUAUGGAUCUACAAGGACUAUGAGAUGGUGCGGGAAGAGAUACAGCACGUCCUGCCGUUCUCUAGGUUCUUCCACACUGGCGCACUGGGCUCCGGCUUGGCCAUAUUUACACGAUUCCCCCUCAUAGGGGCACAAGCGCUGCCCUACUCUCUCUCAGGAACCCCAGCUCAGGUAUUUGCUGGUGAUUUCUUUGUCAAGAAGGCGGCGGGCAACGUGGUCAUUCUCCAUCCCGUCCUCGGUGAAGUGGAGAUCUGGAACACUCAUAUGCACGCAGCUGGAGAGCAUGGACCGGACACGCGACAAUCCCAUAGAAUCGCUCAAUCGUGGCAGUUGGCUAGCGCUAUUCGUGGAGGCGCUGCAAAGGGCAGGUACAUUCUUGUGAUGGGCGACUUCAACUCUCAGCCAGGCUCUGUUCCGAUUGCCAUCAUGCGCGAUCACGCCAACCUACAAGACUCUUUCCUCGUUGCGCAUCCUUCCGCCAAUACCGACCUCCCACAUCCCCCUUCCUCUGCCGAAGCUUUGAUAAAGUAUGGCACCACUUGCGACUCUCCGCUUUGUACUUAUUCAGCGGGGAAGCCUAUCCCCGGUAAUGUCCUAGAGCACGGCGGCAAGAGACUCGAUUAUAUCUUCUACCGACAGCCUGCCGUGGCUAGGAGGAGGCCAUUGGUAUGGAAGUACAGGGAUGAUGCCGGGAGCACAGGUGCUGAGAAUGGCGGCUCCAGUCUCUCUGGUGAUGCGUAUAUUGAGUCUGGCAAGCCUCUCCAGGAUUCUAUGGCGCAAGCUCCCAAGCUUCGCUGUAUCAGCUCCGAGGUCAUCCUCACCGACAGAGUACCGGGACAUCAAUUCUCUUACUCUGAUCACUUUGCCCUCUUGUCGACCUUUGUAAUUGAAGGCCCAUCUCAACAAUAUCAAUCACACGAGCCUCCUUCCGCCACCGACUCCGAAUCGCAUGGGCCGUCCACGGCGAACUCGUUAGAGCCCCUCAUCUCUCAGAACGACCCCGAGCGUAUCGGAUCGAACUUGUAUGCCGCUGGCGAUCCGUUCAAGUAUCCAUCCGAUGGCAACUCCCUCUCUCAUUCCACAUCCAUACCUUCCACUCAAAAGUCAACCACCAUUCGCACCGCUCUCAACACCCUUCGGCUCUAUACCCGUAUCUCUCAAAACACUGCCAAGCGUCAUCUCCAGAUCUGCUUGCUCGCCUUGCUGGCACUUAUUGGCUUGACGGUGGGCUGCGCGUGGCAGCCCAAGAGCUGGCUGCAACCCAUCUUCACCAUAGUCGGCGCACUGUUAGGCGCUACGGCAGCGACGUUCCUCUAUACUGGGUUCGUCUGGGGUAGGUGGGAAGAAGGGCUUUUGGCAGAGAUAACAGAGGAGAUGGAGCUGGAGCUGAGGGUGGUUGAGAUGGAGGAGAACAUGAACCGCUAG